AUCAAUGUCUCUCUCUCUCUUUUCAUAAUUCGCUCUCAAUAUUAGAUUAAUUAUCUUUUCUAUUAAUUUGAUUGGUAAAGAUUUACUAAUUAAAACAAAGAAAAAGAGACAGAGAAAAUGAAAGAGAAAGAUAAAUGAGAGAGAAUGGGAGAGAUAGAGAGAGUCAUUGAUUAAGGUUAAUUUACCUGAUUCUCAAUCAAUGGUUGACUUUAAAUCAUUUUCUUUCAACAGUAAAUCCCUUAAAACAAUUCAAAAUGAUUCUAAUUAUCGUUCAGCUGAUUUAUCAUCAAGAAAUGUUUUCUGGGAAGAUUAUGAGAAGGUUAGAGUUGUCGGAAAAGGAGCUUUUGGAACGGCAAUAUUAUACCGAAGGCGAUCUGAUGGUGAUUUAGUUGUAAUUAAGGAGGUCGAUGUGACCUACAUGAAUGCAUCGGAACGAUUAUUGGCCAUUAACGAAGUUAAAGUUCUGUCCAUUCUUGACCAUCCAAAUAUCGUCUCGUUUUAUAAUAAUUAUGAAUGGGAAGGUAAAUUGUUAAUCGAAAUGGAGUAUUGUGAAGGCGGAAAUUUGGCAGAAUUUUUAUCCUCAUUGUCAAAACCAUUGAAGGAAUUUGAAAUACUCACAAUUUUCAAUCAAAUUGUCAUGGGAAUCACUUAUAUCCAUGAUCGGAAUAUCCUUCAUCGUGAUCUGAAAACGGCCAAUAUAUUCAUGACCAUUGAUAAGAUAUUUAAGAUCGGCGAUUUUGGUAUUUCUAAAAUUCUUGGAACUCAUAGAGCGGGAGCAUCGACCGUUGUAGGAACACCUCACUACAUUAGUCCAGAAAUGAUUGAAGGUAAAUCGUACGAUAAGAAGACCGAUAUUUGGGCUUUAGGUUGUAUUCUCUAUGAGAUGGCCUGUCUUCAGAAAACUUUCGAAGGAACCAAUUUAUCAGCUUUAGUUAAUAAGAUAAUUAAGGGUAAAUAUGAUCCAGUUAAACGUUCAUAUUCAGCUCGAUUUCAGAAGUUAAUUGGUGAAAUGUUACAACACAAUCCAACACUUCGUCCUCAUGCUCAUGAGAUUCAGAAUGAAGUUUCUGAACUUUUGAUCAAAUCGCGUCUCAAUCGAUAUGAAAAUGAACUUUAUUCAAACGAAAUCUCAACCGGUGCCAUGUUAGCUGCCGACCAACUGUACAGAUCAAUGAAACUAUGGAGAUCGCUAGUAUUUGAGGUCAACCUCCGAGAACCAAACCUAUCGUUGACUAAAAUUGAUUUACCUUUUAAUGAGAGGAUUAAACAAUUUGCUCGAAGCUCUACUCAUUUCUUAGCCUUGACCGACAAUUUGUCUGUUUAUGCUUGGGGUCAAUCGGGAAAAGGUCAACUUGGUUUGGGUCAACCAAAGACGAUAAGUCCAAUGGGAUCAGGUUUAGUUGAUUGGGUUUCCAAACCAACUCUGGUUGAUGAACUUUCUGGUAAAUUUGUAACCAAACUGGUCGCUGGUGAAGGUUUCAGUAUCUUUAUCUGUAAAAAUGGCCUCGUACUAUCAUGUGGAUCAGCUGAAUCUUGCUGCCUUGGAUAUGAAACUGAGGAUAAUUGUUAUAUACCGAAAAUAAUCAAUGAACUAAUGGGCUAUAAUGUUUGCGACAUUGCCUCAGGUCCACGGCAUGUAAUGAUUGUUACCGAUGAAGGACAAGCAAUGGCCUGGGGUCGAAACAUAGAUGGACAACUUGGAAUCGCCGAGGAACCAGUUAAUAUUAAAGUACCAACAGCAGUUAAUUUCCCUCCAAAUAUAAUAAUUAAACGAGUAUUCACUGGUUCGGAUGCAACAAUGUUCAUCGAUGAUCGUGAAAUCAUUUGGGCCUGCGGUUCAAAUGAACACAACAAGAUUGGAAUACAAGAGAAAUCGUUGAUCAAGAAAAUGAACUUUACCCGAAUUUAUGUUCCAAAAAUUGUUCGAAGUAUAAAAGAUAAAGUUAACUCGAUUAGUUUAAGUAAUCGAAACACUUUAGUUCUCCUUCAAAAUGGUUCUCUAUUAGUAUUAGGACUUAAUGAGACUGGACGAAUAGCCAAAGGUUCAAACAUGAUCGCUGAAAAGAUUUCGUUACUACCAAAGAUGUCACAAAAUUCAAUAACGAAAAUUCAAACUGGGAGUGAUUUCCUAUUAGCUCAAACCUUUGAAAAUCAAGUUUAUUUCUGGGGAAUCAGGGAGGUUGAAGAAGAGGCGAAAACGUUGAUUAACGUUAAUCACGAUGAAUCAGAGAUAUUGGAAGUUAUCAAAAUAGGUGAAACGAAUGAGCCUUUGAUGAAUAUCGUUGAGAAAAUUGGACCAGAUUAUCCGAUUCUCUUGGUUCGUGAUCCUAAAGUUGUAAUUGAACAAAGUAAACAUUUAUCGAUAAUUUCAUCCUCUCGAAAUUCAAUCAGACGGGAUUAUAUUCUUAAGCCUCAGCCCAUUUUGGCUCUUUAUGCUUCUCAUGUUUAUCUGAGAUUCGGUGAAACUGUUUCAUUAUCAUCGAUUCAUUGUUUUCAUGAUGACCGAGUUUAUAUUAUAAUUGACACAACGAUUCCAUCGCCUGCAAAUAGUAAAGUAAAUGAGGUUAAACGACAAAGAUCUCGAGCCAUUAAUACUUCAGUAUUACCCGUUCUUAAAGAGGAAAUGUCAAUGACUAUGAUCAAUACUCGAGACAUUUCAUCAAUAAAUGAGAUUCCUGAUUGGAUUAAAUUGGAAGCUGAAAGAUGGGAAACUGAAUUAGAUGAUCGAAAAGUAGAAUUGUGUCAAACUUAUCCUUUAUCGAAUCGUGGACUUGAGCUUCGUAAUUAUUUUCAACUUUUUCAUGAGCAAAUGGAAAUUCUUAACAAUCAGCUGAUGGAAAGUCAACAAAGAAAUAAUGUUUAUCAGAAUCAAAUUAGUGAAUUAGUUACCCAAGUAGCUCAAUUGCGAAGAGAGCAAAGGAAAGUUACUGGUCAUUUCUGUAUAAUUAUCUAAUUGACCAACUCAAUCAACUAACUCUCAACAUGUAAAUAAAAUCGUUAAAGACAAUCGA